GACGCAAAGCAGAAUUUCAUAAGAACAUAAUGGAUGGAGACGAGAAAACCUAUGGUGGCUGUGAGGGCCCUGAUGCCAUGUAUGUCAAACUGAUAUCUUCAGAUGGUCAUGAAUUUACUGUAAAAAGAGAACACGCGCUAACAUCAGAAACAAUAAAAGCCAUGUUGAGUGGCCCAGGUCAGUUUGCUGAGGAUGAAACCAAUGAAGUCAACUUUAAAGAGAUCCCUUCACAGGUGCUAUCAAAAGUAUGCGUGUAUUUUACCUACAAGGUUCGCUACACUAACAGCUCCAAGGAGAUUCCUGAAUUUCCAAUUGCACCUGAAACUGCACUGGAACUGCUGAUGGCUGCGAACUUCCUAGGUUGUUAAAUAAAAUAAAUUAUAAUAAACUGUUAACUUUUUUCAGUAUUUAACACCUGUAGUUCAGUUAGUAAUUUUUUCAUAAAAAGCAUGUUGCCUGUGUGCAACUGAACUUUGAAGUUCGUUGCA